AAGAGUAUUUUUUUAUGCGUCUAUUGUACACGUGCCUCGCCAUGGGGAGACACAAUGACGUCACCGACGUCUGGCUCGCACGCGCCAGUCAGAGGAGGAGCGCCGGGACGCGACAGGGGAAAAAAAAAACAAAAAACAACCUCCAACGAUCAACGGGUCACGAACUAUGACCUUUAACUGCAGAAAAACAAAACAAUUAUUUUUAUAAAUAGCACAGGGCCCCAAAUUAGUCGUUCGUCCACUUUUGGAGUCCUCACUAAUGACCUUACAUCGUCAUCAUGACGGCCAACCUGAAUUUGCUCACUCAGCAGAAAGGUGGCUUUGAGUAUGAGGCAGAGGCGUCAUUGUCCCCAACAGACUCGACGAUGAGUCAGUCACCUCAGCGCUUUCAAGUCGUUUCUAGUGAGGCUCCAGCAACAACACAGCAGAUAAAGAUUGUAACUGACCAGCAGAGGGCUCAGAAGAUUCAGAUUGUGACUGCCAUGAACUCUCCGAGUGCUCCAAAGCAGCAGUUCAUUCUGACUACUUCCGACAGCACUGGGGCAGGCAAGGUUAUUUUGACCUCUCCAGACAAGCACAACACAAAGCAGCUCAUCUUUACUUCUGCAGACAGCCUGUUGCCAGGAAGGAUACAGAUUGUCACAGAUCCACUGUCCAUGGAGCAGUUAAUCGGCCAAUCAGGUGAUCUUAGUCGGUCGCAGACGGUGGAGUACUGCGUGGUGUGUGGAGACAAGGCUUCAGGCCGUCACUACGGAGCCAUGAGUUGUGAGGGUUGUAAAGGCUUCUUCAAGCGGAGUGUGAGAAAAAACCUGACCUACAGCUGCCGCAGUAAGCAGGACUGCGUCAUCAACAAGCACCACCGCAACCGAUGCCAGUUCUGUCGGUUGAAGAAAUGCCUUAAUAUGGGGAUGAAGACUGACUCUGUUCAGAGUGAGCGGAAGCCUGCCGAUGUUGUGCCCCGAGAGAAACAUGUCAACUGUGCUCCCUCCACUCAAAAGAUCUACAUCCGCAAGGACAUGAACAGUCCCCUCAUUGCCACUCCAACCUUCAUCUCAGACACAGAAACAGACGGCUCCAGAUCCAGCCUGGUGGACCAGGGAAUGCUAGUUAAUAUCCAGCAGUCUGUUGUGCAGAGUGAUGGAACGCUGAUGUUGACAACUGACUCAAAGAAUGACCUUGGGACACUGGCGAAUGUGGUGACAUCACUGGCCAGCCUGAGUGACUCAUUGAAACAGAACUUGAAAAAUGGAGAUUCAUCAGACUACCAAUAUGUGGAAAGGAACACUACAGCGAUAACACGUGCCUUUGACACUCUGGCCAAAGUCCUCAAUCCAGUCGAAGCGAAAAGCGUAGCUGACAAGUGUGUUAGUGAAACGACCUUUCAGCUAAUAGGCCGAGACCGGGAAACUCCGAUCAUUGAGGUGGAAGGGCCGCUGCUCACAGACAGGCAUGUUAAUUUUAAGCUGACCAUGCCCAUCCCCAUGCCCGAGUAUCUGAAUGUACACUACAUCUGCGAGUCUGCUUCCAGGCUUCUCUUUCUUUCGAUGCACUGGGCACGUUCCAUUCCUGCCUUCUUAGCGCUUGGGCAGGAAGAAAAUACCGGUUUGGUGCGAGCCUGCUGGAACGAGCUGUUCACUCUGGGUCUUGCUCAAUGUGCUCAUGUGAUGAACCUGUCCACCAUCCUGGCUGCCAUUGUCAACCACCUUCAGAGUAGCAUCCAGGAUGACAAGCUAUCAGGGGAGAGGGUGAAGCAGGUGAUGGAGCACAUCUGGAAGUUCCAGGAGUUCUGCAAUAGCAUGACAAGGUUGGAGACAGACAGCUAUGAGUACGCUUACCUGAAGGCCAUCGUCCUGUUCAGUCCCGAUCACCCUGGUGUGGACUGUGGGGGACAGGUGGAAAAGUUUCAAGAGAAAGCCUUGAUGGAGCUCCAGGACUACGUGCAGAAAACAUAUCCAGGUGACACUUACAGGUUGACCCGCAUCCUGACUCGUCUCCCCGCGCUGCGCCUGAUGAACUCCAACAUUACGGAGGAGCUCUUCUUCACUGGCUUGAUCGGUAACGUCUCCAUUGACAGCAUCAUUCCCUACAUCCUAAAGAUGGAAACUGCCGAGUAUCACAGCCAGGACAUUGACCCCGCGGACUGACGCCACCUCACCCGGGUGAUUUAGAUGAAAGUAUCCAAAUCUCCACUUGGGGUGUCGUUUGUUCACCAGAGGUUUGCUAAGGCUUUAUAGUUGAAGCUGUAAAGAGCAUCCUGCAGUCGCCUCUUUUUCCUCAUUCUUCACAAAUUUCCCCUUUAAUUUUGGAAUAGAAUAAUAAAGAAUCCAACUAAAUAGUUCAUAUAAGAAAAACAGGCAUCUAAACUUCUAAGUUGCCUGCAUUUCAAUGUAUGUUCAAAUAUGUGUGAGUUGCCUUGCGGUACAAACUAGUAUCUCAUACGAGGUCAUGGGCUGUUCGUGUGAGCAGUUCAAAACAUUAUUUAACAAGUAAUAUAUGCAUUGCAAUGGCUUUACUAAUAUCUCUCAUAAUAGCGCUCCUUAUUUAUUUAUUUUUUUACAACAAAUACGUGGAACCAAGAACUGGAAGGAGAGCAUCUUAUCAGCUUCUCACAUUUGCUCAUGAAACAGCAGCAGACCUCAAUCUUCAAUCUGUAGGGAAAUGGCUUGUACAGUUAUUUCAUAUUAUCCUUUAUGUAUUUAUUCCAGUUUUUAGUUGGAUCUUUUAUUUCACGUAAUUGGCCAAAUGAGCAGAUUAGGUUGAAUUAUAUGUUGGGGUUUUUUUUGUUUUUUUUUAUUGCUGAACGGCAUCUCUGAAGUUGUGAGUGUGUUUAUGUUGAUGCACACUUAUUUUCUGGCCUUGUGUACAUGGCUAAUAUAUCCCGUGCAAUCGCCUCAUCAAUUUUCCCCUUAGGACAAUCAUUGAUUUUUAUUUUUUUUCCCUUGCCUUUUAUUGUGUCUUGACCGUUGGUCUCAAUUUUGUAUGUGUAUUUAUCAAAAUCAUUUAUUUUUACACGCGUUUUUCUUUUCAAAUGUGUUGCUUGUGUGUACCUACUCUACUGUUUUGCGUGCUUGUUUGGAUUUGUACGUACUCUGCUCAGUGCACAUCAGUCAGCUUUUGUGGUGUUCAGCCGCAUCCAUCCUGACUCAACUUUUUGUGUUUUGUAUGUUUUCUGAAAACUGCAAACUGUUCUGAACAAUUUUUCUCAUUGCAUACUAAGUGUACUUAAGUCAUUUUUAGGCAGGUUUUGCUUAAUGUAAUGGAGGGGGGGGGAUCCUUGGAAGCAAGUCUCAAGUGCAUUGUCUUGAAGACUUUAUGCAGCUGCUUCCUGCUUGUAUGAUGAGAUAGUAAAAUCUCUCCAUGAAUGAGAAUGGAAACUGAGAUAUUAGGAUAAAAGUCAAUGGUAAUAUUUGGGUUUAAAACUCAUUGAGACUGUUUGUAUCAGUGUUCGUUGGAACUUUGUACAUGUAAUUUCAUUAAAAUGAGUGCAUGUUGUUUUUAAGCAAUUUUAUAAGGUCUAUGGCGUCUGCCCUAUUAAUCAUUUUAUAGUGCAUCGUCGUGCAUGAAGAAGUGGCUCAUUGCAUUUUAUUAAAUGCCAUAUGAAAAGACUAUUUAAAUGUUGUGGCUUUAAAAUGUAACUAAAAGACCCUUUUUAAAAAAAAUGUCUGUGAUGAGUAUCCUCAGAUUCAUAUUUUGUAUGACAUACAGUAUGUCUUUUUAUUAUUAUUUAGCUCAUGUAUAUGUACAGCUUUCUUCAAACAGUGAAUUUGAGUAGUUGUUUUACCCAAAUUGAUUGCAACCUUAUUUCUACCUCACUGACGAUGAUGUAACCCGUUGUAUGAACUAAAUUGUAUUAACAUUCCAGUCUCUGAGGCUGGCUUUGUCAAAGCCACACACAAUAAAUAAACUUUUC